GCCCCCUGGAGCAACAAGCCAGCGUUCUGUUUUUACCCACAAUUCUGUGCACUGGAGGUGUUUUGUGAUUAAGAUGGCGGACUCCUCGAUCGAAAUCGUUGAAGGCUGCCGGCUUCCCGUACUGCGGAAAAAUCAAGAAAAUGAAGACGAGUGGCCAUUGGCUGAAAUUCUCAGUGUCAAAGAUAUUCCUGGGAGAAAGCUUUAUUAUGUCCACUAUAUUGACUUCAAUAAGCGACUGGAUGAAUGGGUGACUCCAGACCGCCUGGACUUGAAGAAGCUCCAGUUUCCCAAAAAGGAGGCAAAGACUCCAACGAAGAAUGGCCUGCCGGGGUCCCGCCCCAGCUCCCCAGAGAGAGAUGUGAGGAAGAGUCUAGAUCUCAACAUUCAGUCUGCUUCAGCUCCUUCAAGAGGCAAAACCCUCCCCACACCGAAGAGAAAAGCUGAAUCUGUCUCUUUGGCAGCACAAGUGACUGCAGCGACUCCAGUGCCUUCACUUCCAAGUUCUGCAGAGGCAAGUCAGGCCUCGGUCUAUCCAGCCAUGAGGGACCCCUCCUUCAGCAGUAAAUCCAGAGAAGAACAUGAGCAGCUCACCUCUCUCACCACAAAUGGCACAACACGUCGUCUUAUUCCUUCUCAGCCAGGGAGAAAAAGGAAAAAUUGUGGGGGGACGGACGAGAUGGUAAAGGUGUUCCAGAAUAACAACCCUCGCUGCUCCACCGUCUUUUUGCCACCAGGAGAGAUGGUAAAGGUGUUCCAGAAUAACAACCCUCGCUGCUCCACCGUCUUUUUGCCACCAGGAGAGGAUUCCCAGGACAGUUCUGAUGGCAUCCCCUCUGCCCCUCGCAUGACUGGUAGUUUAGUGUCAGACCGCAGUCACGAUGACAUCGUCACACGAAUGAAGAACAUAGACUGUAUUGAGCUGGGGCGGCACAGGCUAAAGCCAUGGUACUUCUCUCCAUACCCACAGGAGCUCACCACCCUCCCCAUCCUCUACCUUUGUGAAUUCUGUCUUAAGUACCUCAAGAGUCUCAAGUGUCUACAGAGGCACCUGACAAAAUGCAACCUUCGACACCCGCCAGGAAAUGAGAUCUAUCGCAAAGGAACUAUAUCCUUUUUUGAAAUAGAUGGCAGGAAAAACAAGACAUAUUCCCAAAAUUUGUGUUUAUUGGCCAAAUGCUUCCUGGACCACAAGACCCUGUACUACGACACAGAUCCUUUCCUCUUCUAUGUUAUGACAGAGUAUGACUCAAAGGGUUUCCACAUAGUUGGCUACUUCUCCAAGGAAAAGGAAUCAACAGAAGACUAUAAUGUGGCCUGCAUUUUGACUUUACCACCUUAUCAGAGAAGAGGCUAUGGCAAACUACUAAUUGAGUUCAGUUAUGAGCUUUCGAAAGUGGAAGGAAAGACGGGCACUCCAGAGAAGCCUCUGUCUGAUCUGGGUCUGCUUUCUUACCGCUCAUACUGGUCACAGACAAUUCUGGAGAUCCUCAUGAACCUCAAAUCAGAAAAUGGAGAACGGCCACAGAUCACCAUCAAUGAAAUCAGUGAGAUCACCAGUGUCAAGAAAGAGGAUGUGAUAUCAACUCUUCAAUACCUCAACCUCAUCAAUUAUUAUAAGGGUCAGUAUAUCCUCACCUUAUCAGAGGACAUAGUGGAAGGUCAUGAGCGGGCCAUGCAGAAGCGUCACCUCCGUAUUGACCCCAAAUGUUUGCAUUUUACUCCUAAAGACUGGAGCAAGAGGGGCAAGUGGUGAAGACUGUAAGAGGACUGCUGGCACGCAGCUAAUGUACCAUAUGCCCUGCUCACAAAGGAAUUCAGUUCAAGACCCUGUAACUGUUCCAUAUACAGACUUGACUUGAAAAUGAGCCUGUAAAAGAAGACAGAGACAGUUUAAUAUUGUUAAAGAUUCCACAGUCCACAUCUGCAAGUUAUGCGACUUAAUCUUACAAAUUUCAAAAUUCUGUGAAAUUCAUGUCAGUCUGUUACUUGUCUGUACGUGAGAACAGAGGAAUGUCUUUUUAAAUGGAAUUCUCUCCCACCAUUUGAAUAGAUCAUCAUAAAUAUGAAUAUUUUCGGUCAGUGCCAUGUUUUAUUACUUUGACCAAAAACAACAGUAUUCUACACACAAUUAUCAGCACUCCGUAAAGUGACACGAUCCUGUUCAUUUUCAGUGCAGAGCUGGUGACCUCUGGCAAUAUAAGCAAAAGAAGACCAUUGGUGACAGGCUACAUAUUUUUUUUCCAAUAGCUCUUGCUUUUUGGCCACAUACAGAUCGGCACAUUAGCAAAGAGUACACUUUGUUUUACAUUUAUUUUGUGCAAUAUUAGAAAAUAUAUAAAGAAGAAACAAUUUGUGGCCUUUACCAUUGCAGUUUGUGACCAAAACAAGCACUUAGCCUUUAUAAACUAAUAACUGUCAGUUUAGUUUUGGCGAGUAACCUUAUUUAAUAUAAAAAAAUAUAAUUUUAACAACUGGAUAAUGCCGACUAUCAACUUCUCUGUCUUGCUGACACAUGAAAGAUGCUGUUCGUUUGCAUUAAGUUUAACUUUUCUCGACUCUGCUGCAUAGCUGGAUAUGCCUACAUCCUGUCACCAAUGGUGACUGCCGCUCGUGUUGCUGGAAGUCGCCGGCUUUUCAGUGAAAAUUAUCAUGUCACACCUUGUCCCUGUGUGUUGCUGCUGGUGUAAACGGGGCUGAAUGGGUCCUUACAAUGUCAUUGUGUUUUACAUAAUAUAGACUUAAAUGUCUUUUCUACACUGGUAUUGCAUGGGUCUAGGAUCAAAUCCAAAGGGAAAUAUUUGAAUACAUCUACAGUUAUUCCUUUUUUUUUUUAACUGAAUGUUAACCAGCAAACACUGUCUGCAAAAAAUGGUCAUCUUUUAGGUAAAUAAAAAAUAAAUUGUAAA